AUGCACUCAGCCGGAGACGACCUGUCAUCUUUAAAACAAGCCUAUUCAUCACCAACUAUCAAUUUCAAGGCCUUCAUUGCACCUGCUCUGAGUAACUGUGUAUUUACAACUGAAACUUUUGCUCAUACAUUUAUUUUGGGGCUGAGCAAGGAGGAAACCCUUCAGCGGGCACGAGAGGAAGAAGAGAAAAGGAAGGAUAUCACAAGUCAUUUCCAGACCACUCUGACAGAUAUCCAGGCCCAAAUUGAACAGCAGAGUGAGCGAAAUAUGAAGCUGUGUCAGGAGAAUACAGAGCUUGCAGAGAAACUCAAAAGCAUCAUUGAUCAGUAUGAGCUUAGAGAGGAGCAUCUGGACAAAAUACUUAAACACAGAGAACUGCAACAGAAGCUGGUAGAUGCAAAACUGGAACAGGCCCAAGAAAUGAUGAAGGAAGCCGAGGAGCGACACAAACGCGAGAAGGAAUAUUUGCUGAACCAGGCAGCAGAGUGGAAACUUCAGGCCAAGGUGCUGAAGGAACAAGAGACAGUCCUGCAGGCUCAGCUUACUCUGUACUCUGGAAGGUUUGAAGAGUUCCAGAACACACUAACAAAAAGCAAUGAGGUGUUUGCCACUUUCAAACAGGAAAUGGAUAAAACAACUAAGAAAAUGAAGAAGUUAGAGAAGGACACAGCCACGUGGAAAGCCCGGUUUGAGAACUGUAACAAAGCUCUGCUGGACAUGAUUGAAGAGAAAGCACUGAGAGCUAAAGAAUAUGAGUGCUUCGUCAUGAAAAUCGGGAGGCUGGAGAACCUCUGUCGAGCUUUACAAGAAGAGAGAAAUGAACUCUACACGAAAAUUAGAGAGGCAAAAAUGCCUCAGAAGGAUGACCGAAGUCAGCACACCUCCGACGAGGAGCCCGAGUCCGCUGUGUCUGAGCGGGUGGGGGUUGAUGCGGAGGAAGCCGAGAGUGUUCACAAUGCUGUGAAAAAUCUGGCCACAGCCUUCAUGGCCAUUCAUCAGCCAGAGUCGACCCUUGACCAGGCCAAAGAAAUCCAACCAGAAUUCGGCAGUCCUCAAGGGGAUGGUGACUCGGCCCUCCAGGAGCCGGCACAACCCCCUCUGAGCCCUUUGUGCCAUUCAGAGAGUUCCCUGCCUCCCCCAACUCCUCAGGCGGAAGCUGAAAGAGGCCAUGAGGCGGAACUGCCCCCCAGGCCCGGGAAUCCCCCCCUGGGGUCGGGAGCAGAGGCCCAAGACCGGGGUCCCCUUGCAGCAGUCCAGGCUGAUCAGCCGCCCCACAAGCCAGAGGCAGAAGCUUCUAGUCAGGCCCGGCCGUCCCCCGCCGAGGCUUCCCUACCCGCGAUGGAGGCAAACGGUCCUGCUCCACCACCCACGGCAGCUGAGCAGAUGCCAGCUGGGGUGCUUGGAUGUGGGCCCAGCAGGCCGCCGCCCCCACCCCCACCGGACACAACAGCAGGGGGGCUGCCAGCAGGGGCCUCAGAGGGGCCCCAGCUGCCCCAAGUGGCCGACAGCAACCUAGAAGGAGUAGACUAAGCCUCAUGGUGCCUUCCGAAGCUCUUCUUCCCGACGUUCCAUCUCCAUCAUAACAGCUUGUCUUCUGAAAAGGCAUUAAGGGCUAAGGAUGUCUAAGGGAAGAGACUUGAUUAGAAUCAAGACAUUUUCAAAUCUUACGCAGAACACAUUCAGCCUGUGCUAUUUGUUCUCAAUUUAUCACUGAUUUGGAGCUUUUCUAUUUAACGCGGGUUGAUGGUAUAAUUUUCCCAAAUGGCAACAGAACAUACAAAUAGAAAAUUCAUAUUAGUUUUCCAUUGA